AUGGAUGCCAACAUUCAGCGUGCCCUGAACGACAAGCUCUACGACAAGCGCAAAGUCGGGGCACUCGAGCUUGAGAGGGUCAUACGAGAACUCGUCGCUUCCAAGGACUACCAGAGGGUACACGACAUACUUGAACAACUCUGCAAUGAAUAUGCCUAUGCGGUCCACCAGCCGCAUGCUCGAAAUGGGGGACUUAUCGGGCUGGCGGCAGCCGCGAUUGCCCUUGGCUCCGAUCUCCCACGCUAUCUUGCAAAAAUUGUUCCACCGGUGCUUGCCUGCUUCACUGAUCAGGAUGCCCGCGUGAGAUACUAUGCAUGUGAAGCCAUGUACAAUAUUGCCAAAGUUGCAAAGGGCGAGAUUCUGGUCUAUUUUAACAGCAUAUUCGAUCAACUUUGUCGGCUUGGGGCAGACUCCGAAUUGUCGGUUAAGAAUGGCGCUGAAUUGCUGGAUCGGCUCGUUAAAGACAUUGUCUCCGAGUCAGCCGCUUCAUACGUAUCGGUGCUCGAGGCACCACCAGGAUUCGACAGCGAUGACAAGGCCAUCCCAGAAAACCAGCAUACAAACCUGCCUACGGCAUUUUCUCUGCCAAGGUUUAUCCCCUUGCUAAAGGAGAGAAUAUGGGUAAUCAACCCCUUCACUCGGCAGUUCCUCGUUGGCUGGAUAACCUUACUGGACUCUAUCCCCGAUCUUGAGCUGGUCACCCACCUCCCGGAUUUUCUGGGAGGUCUGCUCAAGUUUCUUGGGGAUCCCAAUGCAGAUGUGCGAACCGCGACACAAUCUUGCCUUGACAAGUUUCUCAGUGAGAUCAAGCGGAUCUCACGGGUGAAGAAAGGUAUCGUUGAGAGCAAGAAGUCCAGAGAAGGUGGUAAACGAAAAAGGCAAGAUUCUAUGGAUACGGAAAGUAUUCGUCCGGACCUGGAGGAAGGAGACGAGAUCGAUUCUGAAGCCUUUGGCGAUGAUGAGGAAGACAGCGCCGAGGAGGACUGGAUUCCGGGGCAGGACGUUGAAAUCAACUACAAGAACAUAUUAGAAAUUCUUACAGCUACGUUGGAUUCUCCGUUAGAAGAAGACUGCCUUUUGGAAUCCCUCAGAUGGAUUGUGGAAUUUCUCGACAUCUGCCCGGAAGAUGUGUUGCCAUUCACCCCCAAGAUUCUCGCACAUAUGCUUCCAGCGAUGGCAAGUAGCAAGGAGACAAUCCACCAGGCCGCCACCAGAGUUAACACAUGUCUCAUGGAUUACGUGGUUUCCCUCUCAGACGACUCCGGAUUAAACUACCAGGGCAUAUCACAGGGCCAAUCUCAAUCCACUUCGAGACUCGCAUCAGCUGCAGAUCGACCUGAUGAUUCGCAUAGCAACCGUGUAUCACUGUCAAGCGUUCGCGAACAGGAGGCUCAGAGUCCAUCCCCUGGCCGCGGUCAACCAGCUUCAACUAUUGGAGCGCCACUUGUCAACCAAAGUCAAUCCGACCUUGACUAUGCUGCUGCUGUUAACUCUCUAACCCUCUUGUUUCUCAAUGAUCAUGAAGCUACCCGAGUUGCUGCCCUGACAUGGCUUAUCAUGCUUCACAGGAAGGCACCAAGAAAGGUCUUGGCUUUCAAUGACGGGACAUUUCCCGCAUUGCUCAAGACACUUUCUGAUCCAUCCGAUGCAGUGGUAACAAAAGAUUUGCAGUUGUUAUCGCAGAUUUCUCGAAAUAGCGAUGAUGACUACUUCGCAAACUUUAUGAUCAAUCUGUUGCAGCUAUUUUCUACUGAUCGCAAGCUUCUAGAGACGAGAGGGAACCUCAUCAUUCGACAACUAUGCAUCAGCCUCAGUCCGGAACGAAUCUACCGCACCCUAGCGGAUUGCAUAGAAAAGGAAGAGGAUGUUGAGUUUGCUAGUAUUAUGGUGCAGAACCUCAACAAUAAUCUUAUCACAGCUCCCCAACUCGCAGAGGUCCGCAAGCGUCUGCGAAAUCUGGAAACCAAAGAUGGCCAGACAUUGUUCGUAGCUCUAUUUCGCUCUUGGUGCUACAACGCUGUCGCCACUUUUUCGCUAUGCCUGCUUGCUCAGGCUUACGAGCAAGCGUACCAUUUGCUUCAAAUAUUUGGUGAAUUGGACAUGACUGUCAAUCUUCUUAUUCAGGUUGAUAAGCUAGUUCAGCUGAUUGAAUCCCCUGUAUUUACCUACUUGAGACUCCAGCUGUUGGAGCCAGAAAAAUAUCCGUAUUUGUACAAAUGCAUGUAUGGGAUUCUCAUGUUGCUGCCACAAUCAUCAGCAUUUGCUGCCCUCAAAAACAGACUGAACAGUGUCAGCUCGAUAGGGUACUUGACAGUGGCGCCUCGGAGUGCGGCCACUCCAUCCAGCAGCGCCAACUACGAUCGGCCGAACCGGCUCAAAGGGCGAGAGGAUGGCGGCAUUAGGUGGGUCGAGCUUCUUGAAAAGUUUCGCAGUGUGCAAGAACGAGCAAGGCGAGUACAACGCCAUAACAUGGAAGGAGAAGAUGUAUCGACAUCGGGUCUAGGAGAUAUUCGGAUGAUUGACGGGCCCUCAGAAUUGAAGGCCGGUAAUCGAGCUCCGGGUCCCGUAAUCGCUCCAUCGGCAUCGAAGGAUGCCACUCCGGCUCCUCCAGCUAAGAAGUCGGGCCUAGGCAGGCAAUUCGGGAGACUCGGCGGUGCUGUUUCAGGCAAGAGCAAGAGGAAUUAG